AUGGAUUUAAAUCUAGAUACUUUUUUUGAUCUACAAGAUCCCUCUUCUGAUCAAAAUGAUAGAAAAAACGAUCUCUUACAAUUAAUGAAAAGCUGGAUUUCUGAACGAACCGCUCCUGAAAUUUUACCUUGUCAAACAACUCUUUUAGAAAGAAUGAUGGAACGUAUUCAACGUCAGAUAAGUCAAGAUAUUAAAACCAAUUUUCGAAUGAUUUUGAUUCAGACUGAAAUAGAGAGAAUUAAAUAUAUUAUUCGUUCGUAUUUGCAGACAAGAAUAUAUAAAUUAGAUAAAUAUGCAAUUUAUAUAUUACAAACACCGGAAUCUUUAGCAUGUCUUUCUUCUAUAGAAAUAGAAUAUUUAAAGAAACAUCAAGAAAUUUUAAUGAAUUAUUAUACAUCAGCAGUUUUAAAGUAUCUUCCAAAAAAAUUACAAAGAUUGGAUGAUACACAGGGAGGAAUUUCUAUGAUUGAAAAACCAGACUUAGAAACAGCGGUUUUUUGUAGAGUGAUUAAUACAGUAGAACAAGAUAUUCCUAUUAGUAAGAAUGAAACAAUUACGCUUAAUAAAGGAAAUAUUUAUCUUCUUAAAUAUAAAGUUAUACGAUCUUUUUUACGUACAGGAGAUGUUGAAUUAAUCUAA